ACUUUUCCGCAGUAGCCUUGGCCUUGCUCCAUCUUCGCCUUUGCAAAUUUUCAGUGAGAAUAGCCGCAACCUCUUAACGCACUCCAAAUCGAAGACCAAAAGAUUAGAGCUUUCUCAUUCACUCUCUCUAUCUUCUCAGGUUCUUUCAUCAUUCAUUUCACUCUAUUUUUCUCUCUGUUUAUACUAAGAAAAAAAAGAGAAGAAAAUAGUGCAAUUAUUCUCGGGCUGUGUCGGGCUUCUGAUUUCCGUGAUAGAACCCCACCAAAGGUUGUUGCUUGCAAAUUUUGAAUUGACGAUGAAAAACCCUCUCUUUUGGCAGAGUAGAGAAAGUUCAAAACUUGUGUAAUGGGUUUACCUUUUGCACAUGAAGAGAGUAGCUAUCUCCUCUUAUUUCCAUUGUUUUCACUAUCACUAUCAUUGUCAUCAUAAUCCCUUUCUGGGUUUUGGUCCAAGAAGAUGUUUGAGUGUGAAAUUUUCCACUUCUUUGGGUUCAAGCAAUGCAAGACCUUUUCCUGAUUACUCCCCGAGAAAGCCCUCAGUCACAGACACUGACUUUGUGCACCACAUUUCCACCACCAUUAAGCAGCGCCGCGCCGAGCCUUUUCGCCGGAUUCUCAAGCCCUUUGAGUCAAAGUUCAGGCCUGACCAUCUCAUUUGGGUUCUUAUGAGCAUCAGGGAUGACUAUAAACUCGUGUUGGAUUUCUUCGACUGGGCUCGCCUGCGCCGGGACCCUUCCUUGGAAUCCCUUUGCAUUGUGGUUCAGAUUGCUGUGGCUUCUAAGGAUUUGAGAAUGGCUCACAGGCUGGUUUUUGAGUUCUGGGAAAAGCCCCAUUUGGAUGUUGGUAACUCGUUUGAUCGAUUUACUGAGAGGUUGAUUUAUACUUACAAGGACUGGGGUGCACAUCCCCUUGUGUUUGAUGUGUUCUUCCAAGUUCUUGUUGAGGCAGGGUUGCUUCUGGAAGCCGGGAAACUGUUUGAUAAGUUGUUAAAUUACGGUGUUCUUGUUUCUGUAGAUUCUUGUAAUUUGUUUCUAGCUAGGUUAUCUAACAGUUUUGAUGGGAUAAGGACGGCAUUUAGGGUGUUCAGAGAGUAUUCAGAAGUGGGUGUUUGUUGGAACACUGUGUCGUAUAAUAUUAUUCUUCAUUUGCUUUGUCAAUUGGGUAAGGUAAAAGAAGCUCAUAGUUUGCUCAUACAAAUGGAGUUUAGGGGGAAUGUUCCGGAUGUUGUUAGUUAUAGCGUUAUAGUUGAUGGAUAUUGUCAGGUUGAACAGCUAGGAAAGGUCUUGAAGCUCAUGGAAGAGUUGCAGAGAAAGGGAUUGAAACCAAAUCAGUACACAUACAAUAGCAUAAUUUCUUUUCUUUGCAAGACUGGUAGAGUAGUCGAAGCGGAGCAAGUCUUGAGGGUGAUGAAAAAUCAGAGGAUUUUUCCUGAUAAUGUGGUGUAUACAACUCUCAUCAGUGGUUUUGGCAAGUCUGGGAAUGUUUCCGUGGAAUACAAACUCUUUGAUGAAAUGAAGCGUAAGAAAAUAGUUCCUGAUUUUGUGACAUAUACUUCCAUGAUUCAUGGGCUCUGUCAAGCUGGAAAGGUGGUGGAAGCACGCAAACUGUUUAGUGAAAUGCUCAGUAAAGGGUUGAAACCAGAUGAAGUUACUUAUACUGCUCUUAUUGAUGGGUAUUGCAAGGCCGGGGAAAUGAAAGAGGCAUUCUCUCUUCACAACCAGAUGGUUGAGAAGGGUCUGACUCCUAAUGUUGUCACUUAUACUGCAUUAGUUGAUGGCCUGUGUAAAUGUGGAGAGGUAGAUAUAGCAAAUGAGCUUCUUCAUGAAAUGUCCGAAAAGGGCCUUCAACCAAAUGUCUGCACAUAUAACGCAUUAAUCAAUGGUCUUUGUAAGGUAGGAAAUAUAGAGCAAGCUGUAAAACUUAUGGAAGAAAUGGAUCUGGCAGGGUUUUUUCCUGACACUAUUACAUAUACUACAAUCAUGGAUGCUUACUGUAAGAUGGGUGAAAUGGCCAAGGCUCAUGAAUUGCUGCGGAUUAUGCUUGAUAAAGGACUUCAACCUACAAUUGUUACAUUUAAUGUGCUAAUGAAUGGGUUUUGCAUGUCAGGGAUGUUGGAAGAUGGUGAAAGACUAAUCAAAUGGAUGUUGGACAAAGGUAUAAUGCCUAAUGCCACAACAUUCAAUUCUCUAAUGAAGCAGUACUGUAUUAGAAAUAAUAUGCGUGCCACUAUCGAGAUUUAUAAGGGGAUGCAUGCUCAAGGAGUGGUGCCUGACAUGAAUACCUAUAAUAUUUUGAUUAAAGGGCAUUGUAAAGCUAGAAAUAUGAAAGAGGCAUGGUUCUUGCAUAAAGAAAUGGUUGAAAAGGGAUUUAGUCUAACUGCUGCUUCUUAUAAUUCUCUUAUAAAGGGUUUCUAUAAGAGGAAGAAAUUUGAGGAGGCUAGGAAGCUAUUUGAGGAGAUGAGAACACAUGGGUUCAUUGCAGAAAAAGAGAUAUAUGAUAUUUUCGUUGACGUAAACUAUGAAGAAGGGAACUGGGAAAAUACUCUUGAGCUUUGUGAUGAAGCAAUAGAGAAAUGUCUUGUUAAGAAAACUUAGUUGACUACUGUGUAUGCUAGUUUAUGAUGGAAUUAUCAGGCAGUAAUUGUUGUUUGUGUCUGCUUCUUCUUUCUUGGUAGUUCCAUUGAAAGUAACUUGCAUAUCAUGACACCAGUUACCUCAUUAUUAAAAGAGUGACACUUGACUUCCCAGGUAUUUUCCAAAACACUGAAGCAGAUUAUCACAGUAACACACACAAACACACAGGAGGUUUACAUCCUCAAAGGAAACUUCAAAUUUUUUUAGGAUAUUGUUUGUGGUUGUGCUAGAAACAAAUGUAAUAGGCAUUUCUACAAAUGUAAUAGAGAUUUCUUUUAAUUGAAAAAUGUCAAUACUAAAUAGAGAUUUUAAAUAGAAGUAACUCUUGCAAUUUC